GCUGGUUGAGGCACCUCACUGGUGACGGGUCUGAAAGCACGUGGCUACGUCAUGGAAAGCCAGUCUUUUCAAUGCAAACUUCAACUCCUCCUCCUCCCUCUAAUGCCUGUAACUCACAGCCAAGGCUGGGCGAGGAAUACGGAGGAGAGAUUUUCCUCAUGCUCACGGUGCCUGGAGACUGGAAGGAAGAGUGUAAGGAAGGAGGAAGGAAAUUUGUGGCGCUUUCUACCUACUACGAGACUGACAAGGGGAGGGGGCACCUACAUUACAUCUUCUCUUCGUGAUUAAGAACUGCAGUUUCAGUCGGAUCCCACGGAGCUCUGGUGAUUGCUUAUCUAAAAGAAAAAAAAAAAAAAAAGAUAGGAAAAAAAAUUGAUCGCGAGAGAAGGAAGGCUCAGUCUUUGGCGGCCAGACAGAUCUCGGAGGUGGUAUUGGUGUAUGAGUGUGUGUGGUGGUGUUUUGUUUUUUCUUUCUUCUUUCUUUCUUUUUUCCUUUCUUGCUUUUUUUUUUCUUUCCCCCGUUUUUAUCCUUCUCUCCUAGGGACUACACAAUGGCAGUCUUCUCUCGCUAAGAUGAAUCUGGCUUGCUUUCUGCAGAUCCGCCCAUCCUCAGUUCCAUUGAGUAAAAGGCUAUGAUUUUCUCUUUGGGGAUCUUUUGUGCAUUACUGUUCUUCCUGAUUAGUUCUGAUCUCGGUUGGGAUUUCUUUUCUUUUUUUGGUUUGGCUUCAUGUGAAAAAGGAUUUUUUUCUAUCCAACCUUUUGGUCAUGAUCCAGUGCUGAUCAAGAGGGGAUAAAUCAUUCACCCUGGCCGAGAAAAAACAAUCGCUGAGAAGUCUCAAAGAGAUAUACCACGUGAGGGGAAAAAACUGGGAGAAGAUCCGGAAUAUUAACGUUUUUCCUAUGGUAAAACCGGUGCCCCUCUUCAGGAGAACUGAUUUCAAGUUAUUAUUAUGCAACCACAAGGGCCUCUUCUUUCUCAGGGUGUCUAAGCUGCUGGGUUGCUUUUCGCCCAAAUCAAUGUGGUUUCUUUGGAACAUUUUCAGCAAAGGAACGCAUAUGCUGCAGUGUCUUUGUGGCAAGAGUCUUAAGAAAAACAAGAACCCAACUGAUCCCCAGCUCAAGGGCAUAGUGACCAGGUUAUAUUGCAGGCAAGGGUACUACUUGCAGAUGCACCCCGAUGGAGCUCUCGACGGAACCAAGGAUGACAGCACCAAUUCCACAUUGUUCAACCUCAUCCCAGUGGGACUGCGUGUCGUUGCCAUCCAGGGAGUGAAGACAGGGUUGUACAUAGCCAUGAAUGGAGAAGGUUACCUCUACCCAUCAGAACUUUUUACUCCUGAAUGCAAGUUUAAAGAGUCUGUUUUUGAAAACUAUUAUGUAAUCUACUCAUCCAUGCUGUACAGGCAACAGGAGUCUGGCAGAGCCUGGUUUUUGGGAUUAAAUAAGGAGGGGCAAGCUAUGAAAGGAAACAGAGUAAAGAAAACCAAACCAGCAGCUCAUUUUCUACCCAAGCCAUUGGAAGUUGCCAUGUACCGAGAACCAUCUUUGCAUGAUGUUGGCGAAACGGUUCCAAAAGCUGGGGUGACGCCAAGCAAAAGUACAAGUGCAUCUGCAAUAAUGAACGGAGGCAAACCAGUCAACAAGUGCAAGACCACAUAGCUAGAUCCUCAGGUGUCCUGACUCACUUGUGCACAGCACAGUAGA